AUGGCGGCCGCCCUGGAUGCUUUAGCACCCUACGUGAAGAAGCUUAUCGCGGACAUGGCACAAGAAGAGGUGUCCGUGCUGCUUGGCGUCUCCAGUGAGAUCACCAAGCUGGAGGACAACAUGGAAGGCCUCAAAGCCUUCCUCACAGAUGCCGAGAGGAGGCGCAUCACUGACACGAGCGUGCAAAGAUGGUCGACAAAGCUCAAGAACGCCAUGUAUGAUGCCACUGACAUCCACGACCUGUGCCAGCUCGAGGCUGACAAGCGGAGGGAGUCUAGAGGUGGUGGCAAUGUGGAGCAUAAGUCGCCCGGCUGUUUCCAGCCAUUUCUCUUCUGCCUGCGGAAUCCUGUGUUCACACACAAGAUAGGCAGCCGCAUCAAGGAGCUCAACCAGAGGCUGGAAAGCACCCACAAGGAGGCGGACAAGUACAAGUUCAAUAUUGGCCUCGGUUCCAGCCCGGAGCCAAGGAAGCUAACUACUGCUGAGUUAUCCAGCUAUAGGACAAGUGGCAUGGGAAAGACUACGCUUGCUCAGAAGAUCUUCAAUGAUACAAGCAUCCAAGAGCACUUCAGGACCAAGACGAUAUGGCUAAGCAUCACUCAACAGUUUGAUGAGGUUAAGCUACUGAGGACAGCAAUCAAGCAUGCUGGAGGCGACCAUGGUGCCGAGAAGGACAAAAACACUCUGACGGAGACCCUAUUCCACACCCUAUCCAGUGGAAGGUUUCUGCUGGUGAUGGAUGACGUGUGGAGCCAGAAAGUGUGGAACGACGUGCUUAGUGUCCCAGUCAGAAAUGCUAGCAAGAAACAACCUAGAAGCAGGGUCCUUGUCACCACAAGAUCUGCACACCUACCCCAACAGAUGCAAGCCCCCCUGCACCAACACCGUGUCAAGCCUCUAGAGAAUGAUGAUGCUUGGUCUUUGCUCAAGAAGCAGCUGCAGCCUGAUCAGGUAGAUGGAAUUGAUCAACUGAAAACUAUUGGGAUGGAAAUUCUUGAAAAUUGUGAUGGCUUACCACUUGCAAUUAAAGUGAUUGGAGGUCUCUUGAGCACAAGAUACCCAAGUGAGCAUGAGUGGAAAUCUGUUUUGAACAAGCCAGCUUGGUCACUGACCAGACUGCCUCCAGAACUCGACAACCGACUAUACUUGAGCUACGAGGACUUGUCCCCCCAGUUAAAGCAAUGCUUUCUGUACUGCUCACUAUUCCCUAGAGAACAGACCGUAUCAGUACUGGAUUGGGGCAUUUUGCAAAGGCGAGAGUCACUUAGGACAUUAAUUAUAAAUUCUAGAGUAAACUUUCAUCUUCCUGGUGACUCGCUGAGUAGUUUCUCUGGCCUGCGGGUACUGUACAUAUGGUCUGCUGAUUCUAAUAGAUUGGUUCCCUCUCUAUCUAUGUUGAAGCACUUAAGAUACCUUCGCUUAAAGGAUACUGAUAUAUCUAGGCUACCGGACGACAUUCACAAGAUGAAAUUUCUACUAUACAUUUCACUUGGUAACCGUAAGAGGCUAUGCUAUCUUCCUAGCAGUAUCAUAAGACUUGUGCAUCUAAGAUCUCUUAACACCAAGGGAUCAAAUGUUAGUGUCAUGCCUAAGGGGUUCAGUGAGUUAACAAAUCUGAGAUCACUUUAUGGCUUCCCAGUACACGUGGACAUGGAUGCAAGCAAUAGCUGGUGCAGUUUGCAAGAGCUGGAGCCUCUCUCUCAGCUUAGGAAGCUUACACUAGAUGGCCUAGAGAAGGUGCAGGACAGCCGGAUGGCUGAAAAGGCCAUGAUUAGCAGCAAGCGCCACCUUGGGUAUCUAGAGUUGAACUAUAGUGCAAGAGGACAUACUAUAGGGACAGGUGGUGCUGAGGCAGAGCAGCAGCAGCGGCAGAGUGUGACCGAGGAAGUCUUGGAAAAGCUCUGCCCUCCAACCUGCCUGGAGAAUCUACGUGUGAUAGGAGGAUACAUUGGUCGCCGGCUACCAGACUGGAUGUGUGCUCCAGCAUCGGCAGAGUUUGAGAGCAUAAGGUAUUUGAGGUUAGAGAACGUGCCUUGCUGCACCCAGCUCCCUGAUGGUCUAUGCUGCCUCCCAAGUUUAGAAAUGCUUACCAUCAUAGAUGCGCCAGCCAUCAAGCGUAUUGGCCCCCAAUUCCAAGCGUCAUCCUUCGUGGCAGCUAGAGGUUCCACUGCUAGUACAUCUGCACCGUUUCCUAAACUGAGACAGCUAUUUCUGAAUGGGCUACGUGAGUGGGAAGAGUGGGAAUGGAACGACUCUGAGGAGCAUAUGGAUGUGGAAACUACCAUAGCCAUGCCUUGUCUGGAGAGACUCCAAGUCAAAAACUGCAAGCUGAGCUGUCUUCCACCAGGCCUCGCCAGCAGCAAGAGGCAUGCUCUGAGAGAACUAUACCUGUACAAGCUCACCAACCUGACACAUGUGGAGAACAUCCCUUCAGUUGUGGAACUUGAUGUGUUUGACUGCCCUGAGCUGAAGAAGAUCACAGCACUCGACAGCAGGUUGCAGAAGAUUAGGAUCAUUCGCUGCACAAAGCAGGAGGUUCUAGAAGGUGUCACAGCACCCGACAACCUUGUACUGGCGGACACCACCAUGGAGACGCUUCCAGGAUACCUGCGAGCUGUAAACCCAAGGUAUCUCGAGUUGGUUUGCAACAAGAAGCUAUACGAAUCCUCCUCAUCUCCAGGUAGCUCCGAAUGGGACAAGAUCAGCCACAUUGGAAAGCACAAGAUUGUCUGCCUCGAAGAUUGA